AUGAGUCUACAUGGCACAACUCUUGUUUCUGGAUCGUGGGAUCAAACACUCCGAGUCUGGGACAUUGUCCACGGGAAAUGCCUUCACAUUUUGGCUGUCAAGACGUGGGUGAGUUUUGUGAAAUUUGAUGGAGAACGGGUUGUAUUUGAUGGCCAAGCUUUUGCCGUAAACGUUUGGAAUGUACACACGGAAGAGUGUUUGCACACGCUGACGGGUCACACGGAAAGGAUCAAUUCUCUUUUGUUUGAGCCGGAGCGCGAUCUGGUCUUCUCGGGAAAUAGUGGAUCGAUUCGCGUCUGGGAUGUGCGAAGUGCAAGUUUGGGACAUUCG